CCGCUGUACGUGCCGGCCGCGCCGGGGCCGCGGGAGCCGCCAGCGGCAGACGGGCCGGAGCGGCGGAGGGUGCGGGACGCGGGGAACGGGCCCCUGUGGAGCAGCUGGAGGAGCUCGACAGGGCCUUACAACCAAAACUCUUUGAACUGUCUCAAGGGAGACUUUCUGCUCACCUCCCUCUGUGCUGGGGCUCACAGGCCCCACCAACUCCUGUUUGCUGACCCAUAGGUGCAAGUGCCUCUGCCUGCCAUGGGGGAGCCCGGCAUGGACCCAACCAUGCCAGCUGCUGACAGCCCUGCACAGCAGGACUCUCUCUUCAGCAUGAUGGACGUGUUCCUCAUCUCCCUCAUCACUGGACUUUUUACCUACUGGUUCUUCUUCCGCAAGAAAAAGGAGGAAGUGCCUGACCUCCCCAAAAUGCAGUCAGUAGCAGCUCCAGUGAGAGACAGCAGCUUCAUUGAGAAGAUGAAGAAGACGGGCCGAAAUAUAGUGGUUUUCUAUGGUUCCCAGACGGGCACAGCAGAGGAGUUUGCCAAUCGCCUCUCCAAAGAUGCCCAUCGCUAUGGCCUCCGGGGCAUGACAGCAGAUCCAGAGGAGUAUGACCUGUCGGACCUGAGUCGCCUCUCUGAGAUUGACAAGUCCUUGGCAGUGUUCUGCAUGGCCACCUAUGGAGAGGGGGAUCCCACAGAUAAUGCCCAGGAUUUCUACGACUGGCUGCAGGAGGCUGAUGCUGACCUCUCGGGUCUCCGGUUUGCAGUGUUUGGGCUGGGGAACAAAACUUAUGAGCACUUCAAUGCCAUGGGGAAGUACGUGGACAAGAGACUGGAGGAGCUUGGAGCCCAGCGCAUCUUUGAGCUGGGGCUGGGAGAUGACGAUGGCAACCUGGAGGAAGAUUUCAUCACCUGGAGAGAGCAGUUCUGGCCAGCAGUGUGUGAGCACUUUGGGGUGGAGGCUACAGGAGAAGAGUCCAGCAUCCGGCAGUACGAGCUGGUGGUGCACACAGAUGUGAACAUGAACAAAGUCUACACGGGGGAGAUGGGCAGACUCAAGAGCUACGAGAACCAGAAGCCCCCAUUUGAUGCCAAGAACCCCUUCCUGGCUCAGGUUACAGAGAACCGCAAGCUGAACGAGGGCGGAGAGCGACACUUGAUGCACCUGGAGCUGGAUAUCUCCAAUUCCAAAAUCAGGUAUGAGUCUGGGGACCACGUGGCCGUGUACCCAGCCAACGACUCCUCCCUGGUGAACCAGAUUGGUGAGCUCCUGGGCACGGACCUGGACACUGUCAUGUCCCUAAACAACUUGGAUGAGGAAUCCAACAAGAAGCAUCCCUUCCCCUGCCCCACAUCGUACCGGACAGCCCUGACCUACUACCUGGACAUCACCAACCCUCCCCGCACCAACGUCCUGUACGAGCUGGCCCAGUACGCCUCGGACACCGGCGAGCAGGAGCGCCUCCGCAAAAUGGCCUCAUCUGCUGCCGAGGGCAAGGCGCUGUACCUCAGCUGGGUGGUGGAGGCCCGCAGGAACAUCCUGGCCAUCCUGCAGGACAUGCCCUCCCUGCGCCCCCCCAUCGACCACCUGUGCGAGCUCCUGCCCCGCCUGCAGGCCCGCUACUACUCCAUCGCCUCCUCCUCCAAGGUCCAUCCCAACUCCAUCCACAUCUGUGCCGUGACGGUGGAGUACGAGACCAAGACGGGCCGCCUGAACAAAGGGGUGGCCACCAGCUGGCUGAGGAGCAAGGUGCCUGAGCAGAACGGGAGCAGCUCCCUGGUGCCCAUGUACGUGCGGAAGUCGCAGUUCCGGCUGCCCUUCAAGCCCAGCACGCCCGUGAUCAUGAUCGGGCCGGGCACCGGCAUCGCCCCCUUCAUCGGCUUCAUCCAGGAGCGCGCCUGGCUGAAGCAGCAGGGCAAAGAGGUGGGUGAGACAGUGCUUUACUAUGGCUGCCGCCGUGAGCACGAGGACUACCUGUACCGGGAGGAGCUGGCCCGCUUCCAGAAGGAGGGAGUCCUCACCCAGCUCAACGUGGCCUUUUCCAGGGACCAGGCUGAGAAGGUUUAUGUCCAGCACUUACUGAAGAAGAACAAAGAAAACGUCUGGAAGCUGAUUAAUGAGGGGAUGGCUCACAUCUAUGUGUGCGGCGAUGCCCGGAACAUGGCCCGGGACGUGCAGAACACCUUCUACGAGAUCGUGUCCGAGUUUGGCAACAUGAGCCAGCCCCAGGCUGUGGACUAUGUAAAGAAACUGAUGACAAAGGGCCGCUACUCCCUGGAUGUGUGGAGCUAAGAGCAGGGCUGGCGGGGCCAGGGAGAGAACAGGUCCCCAGGCGUGGGCCAGGGGAGCUGGCAAGUGCCUGCUCGCCCACUGCUGCUGUGGGUGACGGUGUUGUCCCCAGCCCACAGCUACCCUGGUGUCACUCCCAACCCUUCCUGGGCCUCAGCAGCCCCUCGGGGCAGUCUGUGGAUGCAGGGGGUGGAAAGGGUUGAGAGGGGCAGGGGGGUAGCUCAGGCUGCUGUCCGGGAGCUGCGGUGUCACCGGCACCUCAGGGUGCACCCCGUGGCACCUUUGCCUUGAGGCCAGGGACAUCAGGGACGCAGCCACUGUGGGGCAGGAGGGACAGACACUGCCAGGGAGUCCUUCCUGGACACGAGGUGUUGCCUUAUCCCCGGGGUGCAGGGACAGCAGAGGGGUGGAGGGGCUGUGCUGGGGCUGGGGUUGUGGCUUUGCCUCCCUCCUGCCACCCCUGUUUGCCCAGCUCUGGGAUGUGGGGCUGGCAGCUGGCUCUGGGCACAGAGCUGUCCCACGGCCCCAGCAGCAUACCCUGCUCCAUUCCCGCUGCCCGCCCUCGCUCCAGCACCACGGGAAGCUCCUCUCCCUGGGGGAAUACACCCGGUUUGGGGCCCGGUGUUCCCCUGAGCCCAGCCCCUCCCUCGCACCAUGUACGGUCAUUUUUUAAAUACGGUUUUUAUUUUGAACAUCUUUGUGAUUUAAGCAUGGAAAAAAACAAACAAAAAAAAAAACCCCAACCAACAGAUACCCCAGACUUCCAGGCUGUUCAAUGAUUGUAAAUUAUUUAAAUACAUUUGCCCUUGGAAUAAAAAAACCUGUGUCUGGAGUUUGCUUCCUGCAUUCUCUCUGCUCAGCCAGAGGGAAGAAGGAGGCAGGAGGAGCAAUGGAUGAGAACCAGGAGGAAAUCUGGGCAUGUGGUGGCAGCUCUGGGUUUAGGCUGAGCUGGCAACAGCCCCUACCCUGAGUGCUGGGCUGUGGGAAGGGAGGGAGAUGGCAGUGGGGGGCUCUGGACUGGGGUGCAGCCGUGCCCAACCUGCUCUUUGGUUCUUCCAGAGCUCCCGGUGCUGGUACAGCUGGUACAGGGCGUCUCUUCCCCACCUCCAGGGACACGGAGGUUCUGGUGGCCUCCUUGGGUGGCAACAGCCUGUGCAGACUGGGGUGCUGUGGGAAGGAGCAACCCCUGCAGCUCAGGCUGAUGGAGGGGCACAGGGAGAUGACUUUUCAUAAAAUCAUGGGUUCAUUUAGACUGGAAAACCUCUCCAAAUCAUUGAGUCCAAUGACUACCAAAGCCACCACUCAACCAUGUCCCCAGCUGCCACAUCUGCAUGGCUUUUAAAUCCCUGCAGGGAUGGUGACUCCACAACUACCCUGGGCAGCCUCUGUCAGGGCUGAACAACCCUUUUUUGUGAAGUAAUUUUCCUUAAUAUCUAUCUAAAGCUCCCCUGGUGAAACCUGAGGCUGUUUGCGCUUGUCCUGCUGUGACAAUUGUCCUAUUGCCCCCCACCUCCACCCUCCUUUCAGGGAGGAUUUGUCAGGACCCCCCUCCUGAUGAACCAAAGCCGCAGAGCAGAGUGUGGGAGCUGUUCCCAGACUGUCCCGGUGGCCCGGGGCAGCUCCUUCCCUUUAUUGUCACAUCUGCAGCCUCAGGAGCUGCCAGCCCAGGGGCUGCUUGUACAGCCCCAGCUGUGCCUGGGGCAGGCUCCUGCUGCUCCCACCCCUUCCCUGCGGAUUGAAGGCGAGGGAGGAGCCUUGGAGUCCCUGUCCCAGUGGGCUGGGGAGCACCAGCAUCCAGAGAACAUCCCAGUGGAAGGAGGGGAGUGGCUGUCCCAAGCAUCCUGCCGUUGGGAUGUGGGAGGCAGGCAGGGCAGGAGGUGCAGGGUGCUCCUGACUCCAGGUGAGUGACUCCAGCACGGAUCCAGCCCCGUGGUGAGCACAUGGACUGUCCAGGAGCAGCCCCCAAGCUCUGUCCCACACCCUCCAAGGAAUGGGAUGG